AUGACAAAUAAAAAUAGAAACAUGUCAGAUUCAUCAGAAGAAGAAGAUCUUUCUCGUUUCAGAGAAGCUGUUGAUACUACAUUUGUUAAAUUUAUAAACGACUCUAAAAAUCAAACGCCGGGGCACAGUGAAAAAAAUGACAAACCUCGUUCUGAGAGAUAUUUAGAAGAAUCUACACAUUACAAUGAUAUAAAAGUGCCAGAUGAGUUGCAAAACCGGAUUGGAGCCAAAGUUUCUGCUCUCAUUGCUAAAAAUAUAGAAUUUAUAAAUAUUGAAGGAAGUAAGAUAAAAAAACGAAAAAUCAAAGGUGGAGUUAAACUUUUUAAGAAUUCUGAAUGUUUCUUAUCAUGCGAAGAAGUGAAGGAUACUGAUACAGAAUUACAUAACAUGAAAUCUAAGAAAAUUCAUAAACACAAAAAACGUCAAGUGGACAAAAAUAUUGAAGAAUUAAGUGAAAUUGAUAAAGUAAAUGCAGUGGCAGUAAGUGGGGAACAUGUUCUGUCAAAAGAAGAUACAAAAUAUUGGAAGUCUCGUAGGAAAGAAAAGAUUUUUAAAUACAAAUCAAGUGGUAAAAGUAAAGUUCUUGUGGCAAUUGAA